AUGCCCGUCCUCCUAGCCCUCCUCUGGCUCUGCCACCUAGCCACCGCCUCCCUAACAAUCUCCAUCCCCCCAUCCACCCACCUCCCAAACCCCCAUGUCCUCCCCGCAACAACCCGUGCAACUCUCACCACCCUCCCCGCCGCCGGCGCCGGCGACCGCGAUCCCACCCACAUCCUAACCACCUCCCUCACUCGCGGUUCUACGCUGGUCUUCCGUGACAUCCCCGCCGGUCACCCCGAAUCGUACCUGCUCGACAUUCGCGCCGGCGAGUACGUGUUUGCCCCGUACCGCGUGGAUAUCGCGGCCGACGGCUCGGUGCUUGGUGUUUGGGAGACAUUCCGUGGUAACCCCUGGGAUAAUCGUGGCGCGGAGAAAUAUGUCGUUGAUGUUGCGGGUAAGAAGGCGGCGGAUGUUGUGGUUGAGGCGAAAGUUCUUGGACGAAAGGGUUUCUACGAGGAGCGGGCUAAGUUCUCGCCCUUGAGCCUGGUCAAGAACCCGAUGAUUCUUAUGGCUAUCGUGGCACUCGCCAUGACCUUUGGAAUGCCCAAGCUUAUGGAGAACAUGGACCCCGAGAUGCGCGCCGAAUUCGAACAGCAAUCCCGUGCCUCCCCUCUGACUGGUGCUACCACCAAUGCCAUGACUGGCGGUGGCUUUGAUCUUGCCGGAUGGAUGGCCGGCACCGCGCCCAGCCCCAUGGCCAGUGCUGAAGGGGCUCGCGAGGGUGCGACGGGUCGAGAGGCCGCUGGCUCUGCGCGGAAGCGUGGUUAG